UCGUCUGCUAGAAUUCAAGGUAGCUUGUUCAGAUGUAGCUAUUUGAAAGUUUGGCAAAUUUUUGCUUAAAUAAAUUGCUUUGAUAUUGUACCGUUUUCGAAGACAUAUAGUUUUCUUUUAGAAUGUAUAAUUUCACAUGGAUUUACAAAAUCUGUUGCAGUGAUGAAAAUUCAAAAACGUAUAAAUUUUUUAAAAAAUAACUGAAAACUUGACAAAUGAAAUUUUGCUUUGGUACGUCAACAAGUACGGAUUAUUACACUGUCGAUCACAAAAAUAUUAAUAUUCCUCAUUAAAGCAGUGUCCAGAAGGAUAUAGCAUUUUUACUACAAAAAAUCUUUUCGAGUUUUUUUAUCUAAAAGUAAGACUUUGGGCUUCAUGAAAGUGAAAUUUGGUAACUUCAGACAUUUUGGAUUGAUCUCUAUAUAGUACUUGGUAAACCAUUACAGCUUAGAAAACGUAACUUUAUAGAAAGUUUUCUAAUAACAUGCAACUAGCCUCGUGUUAUGUUGGAUCUGUAAAAUAGGGCUUUGUUUGAUGGCCCCCGAGCUGUGAGACGAAUACAAAAUCUCUGUUCCCGAAAGCUGAUCUUAAUGUGUCCGGGAAAUCUCCUGAAAUCUUUAUUGUGCCUUCAGCCCCACAUGAGAGGAGUCAUGCUCAUCGUUCUGCUGUUCAUUUAUGGUCGUCUUACAACAAUUGUUGCAGAAGAUUUGCCUCACAGAGGACCUAAUUUCACAAUAGAACCUCCAGGCAAAGUUGAAUUUUCAAACUCUAGUGGUACAGUGAUAUCCUGUUCCGCUGAAGGUACUCCUCAUCCGAUGGUUUCUUGGGUAAAACAUGAUGGUGAAAUGUUGCAAGAUUUACCGGGACUUAGGUACACAAGACAUGACGGUACAUUAGUAUUUCCUCCUUUUCCUGGGGAAGAAUAUAGAGCAGACAUACAUGCUGCCGUAUACAGAUGUGAAGCCUCCAAUGCUGCGGGAACAGUUGGGAGCAGAGAUGUCUACGUAAGAGCAG